GGUUAUAGAAACACUUCUGAGAAAAAUUAACAUCAACGAAAAGUGGAAUACUUUAAUUUUCGCUAGUAUAAGUGGCCUUUUAAUGCAUAUGAUGGCGAAUAGAAGAAAGAAAAUCGACUUUACUUAUUUUUGGAUCUAUACGCCGCCUAAUAUGAAUGAUUAUGAAAAAAGUGAUAGUUGUUGUAGUCAUGAUAACACUUGUCCAAUUUAUUUAAGUGAGGGAUUUCUCAAAUAUUUCUCGCUUGGAUAUGCUGUGAAUGCCAUUAAAAGUAUCUUGCCCAGAAUAGGAAACCUGGUAAAAAAACCUUCAAGCUUAAUGAAAAUAUUCUUCAGUAAAUCGAAUUUAUACUUGGGAUUGUUCAUAGGAAGCUACGUAGGAUUCUACCGGAUUCUGACUUGCUAUCUCACCAGAACUUCUAAAAUCAAGAAGAAAUUCCAUGGUUUCAUAGCUGGACUUUUCUCUGGAAUAACAUAUUCUAUUUCUCCGAAUAUCCAGAUUGUUGCUAUUGCGAUGAGCACUCUUCUCCAGGUUUGUUGA